CUUUUGCGAGGAUCUUUUGCGAGGGUCUUUUGUUCGACACACCGCUGGAUCAGGCUGUCGCAAAAGUCCCUCCCACCACUGACGAGAAUAGCAGCGAUCCAGACAGCUGCUGCAGAGGACUUUUGUCAAUUGGAUCUGCCUUGUUAUCGUGGCCCACAAGAAACCAUCCAGCCUGCCUACAUUCACGGAUUAUAAAAUGAGCCGCGUCUCGUCAAGUCCAUGAAAGCGCUAGUUGCUUUCCAAUGAUUUCAUCCCCCACCUUAGAAGCUCGUCUAGCCUAGCGCCGCCAAGAGUUGAAAACGACAGUUAUGGACUCAGACAAAGCGCCGGCUGUCGGCCGGCCGCGGUGUUCCGAGGACUGGGAGUGCCGAAGGCGCAUCAUCGAGCAGCUCUAUUGGACCGAAGACCGGGGACUUGGGGAGGUCAUGACCAUGAUGAAGCAGCUCCAUGGGUUCUCUGCAUCGUAAUUCUCGCACCAGUCUGCCCAGGUACACAAUCGCUUCUAGUAACGCAUUUGGCUGACACAUGUUCUUGCCCCAUGUCCCUUGCAGAACAAGACAGUACAAGUCACAGUUCAAGAAGUGGCGUCUGGAGAAGAAUAUCAAAUCCCAGGAAAUGGUCCCGAUGAUCAACAUUCGGGAGAAGCGGAGGAUCCUCGAACACAAGGCCACCGUCUUUCGGCUUAGGAAACGGGAGGUUGCGCCCGAGAAGAUCGACCGCUAUAUCAGACGAUACAAAAGUGACCUUGAUGUGGACGCUUGGCUGUCAGCAGAUCGCGAGACAACACCUCCGGAUGUCGAAUACGGCACACCUGGUAGAAACAUUACUCCGGAGAGAUGCAGCACUCCCGAAGAAGAGUAUUCGACCCCCAAGGAGUACAGCACUCUCGCCGGGUGCAGCGCUCCUCGAGCAGCCCGCGUAUCCACUCCACCACCGUCGCCGCCACCGGAGCCUAGAUCGGCUACAUGGCAAACCCCGAUGUCCCCAUACACCCCCCAACAUGGUAGAACCACCUUGUAUGGUAAUCAGGAUCCAUUCUCUCCAAAGGGUGGGUCCCCGUGUUCUCCAAAGGCCCCGGCAUAUGCGCGUCCUGGUCCCAUAUCAUCGCAGUACAGAACCGGGUCGGGAAACGCACAGGAGACCUUGUCACCACCACGCUCGCCAUCUUCUGGGGAAUCCCCUGAUAGAUUCAGCGAUAUUCGGUUGCCGCCCCUUCUAGCGCCUCAUUCGACAGCGACUGAGACCGGAACCACGUUUUGCUCAGUGGCCGCGGCGCGAACUAGCGAGCCCUUUCCUAGACAGCCCCUGACAAGUCCCUUUGAAUCGGACGAUACCUCUGCUAGGCAUGUCACAAGAUCAUAUGGCCUCCACGUGCCCGCAAACGGAGACGAGUCUCAAGAAGCCCGACGACAAGAGGGGCAGAUCGGAGUUGCGACGGCCUUAGUGGAUCGCGCAGACUUGGAUAUGCUUUAUGAAGCGGUCCUGUCUAGGGAUGCGGGAAUCCGGAUGCUGCUUGGUCACGGUACUGAGGUAGAGGCAGUCCAGCCCGACAGCUACACUGCGCUGCAUCUUGCGGUUCAGCAGAAUGACAUUCAUACCGCCGGGCGUCUCCUCUCAUAUGGGGCAAACGUCAAUGCCCACUGCAAUAGUCCAGAUAACGAGCCCACGCCACUACACCUCGCCUGCAUCCGGGGGAACUUGGCCAUGGUGCGGCUUCUCCGCCACUACGGAGCCGACCCAAGCAUCCCCGGAACGCUUAGGCAGAGAUAUUGGACCCCGUUGCACCGCGCUAUUUUCCAGGGGAACGCCGACGUUGCGACGGAGCUGCUGAUACCCUCUCCCGACGCGCCGUAUAACCCCCGGCUGCGCAGGGUCAACACCGACCGCGUUGACGUGAAUGGGGAGACUGCUCUCCACAUGGCCGCGGGGGACGGGCUGGAGGCCGUCGUCAGGGCCCUCGUCCUGGCCAAGGCCCACCUCCACCCGCUCGACCGGCAAGGCCUAACGCCCCUCGACCUGGCCGUGCAGCACCAGGAGCUUGCCUGCGCGAGCCUGCUGCUCCGGUCGGGCGCCGACCCGAACUUUAGCGGCUGGCGGGCCACCCUGCCCAUCCACCGCGUCGCGCGCCUCCCCCCCGCGCCGCCCGACGGCCUCGAUGACGACGCCGAGGACCUCGAUAUCGUCGGCCUCCUCGCCUCGCACGGGGCCGACCUAGACGCUAGGGACGACGAAGGCAACACGCCCCUCAUGAUCGCUGUCAUCACCAACAACGUCCCGCUGGCGCAGCGCCUCCUCCGCCACGGCGCCGAGAGGACCUCGGCGCACCACCCCGCCGGCCGGUCGCCGCUGCACCUCGCCAUCGCCCGACGUAUGCCCGCCAUGGUGAACACGCUGCUACGCCACCGCGCACCCCCGGCCGCCGCGGACCGCCAGCAGGGGGACGCGACCUGCCCGCCGGGCCGCCACCACCCGGUCCGGUCCUUCUUCGACAAUUACCUGGCCUUUGAGAGCCACGCCCAGGACGACGACUGGCCCGCGCUCGCCCGGUCCGUGCAGAUGUCGGAGCGGCACAUCCUGGAGACGGUGCGGGUGCUCUGCCGCCACUACCCCGACUUCGUCCGGCUCCGGGCCGCGCCCGGCCGGCAGACGGUGCUGCACUGGGCGGCCAGGCAGGGCCACCUGUCCAUCGUCGACCACGUGCUCGAGCGGAUCCGUACCGACCCGAGCCUCGCCGACGUUUUGGAGAUUGCGGACGAUGAUGGGCGGACGGCCGAGGAGGUUGCGUUCCUUGCGCACACGGCGGCGUACGUGGCUUUUGGUUCCUGGCGGAUUCGCUAUUUUUCAUCCUUGGACUCGAGGUAGCCGAGGCCUUCCGUCUGUGGUUGUGCGUCACGUUGCUCUGUUUGCCGUCCAUAGCAAAGUCCCGUCCACAUGGCCAAGCUAUGUUUAUUCAUUACAAGUACUUUUUUUUUUUCACUGCGGCUCGACAUGACUAAAAGUAGCUACCCAGGGGCCUGCCUACCUAGGC